CAGUGAGGCUUUGCAGCCAGGUCUUCACAGGCCCCAGCUGCACAGCACAUCUGGGCUGGCUGCGGGUAGUUACCUCCUCAUCACCGCUUGGUCUCGGAUGCUCCGCCCGCCAGCUAUGCUACUAGAUGGCCUCCUCCUGCUGGCCACCAUGGCUGCAGCCCAGCACAGAGGGCCAGAAGCCAGUGGGCGCCGCCAGAUUCACCGGGUCCAGCACGGCCAGUGCAGCUACACCUUUGUGCUGCCUGAGCCAGAUAUCUGCCAGCUGGCGCCGGUGGCACCUGAGGGUUUGGGGAGCUCCAAUAGCCUCCAGAGGGACUUGCCUGCCGCAAGGCACCACCUAACAGACUGGCGAGCCCAGCGGGCUCAGCGGGCCCAGCGUGUGAGCCAGCUGGAGAAGAUUCUAGAGAAUAACACUCAGUGGCUGCUGAAGCUGGAGCAGUCCAUCCAGAUGAACCUGAGGUCAGACCUGGCGCAGACCCAACAGCACACGAUCCAGAACCAGACGACCACCAUGCUGGCACUGGGCGCCAACCUCAUGAACCAGACCAUGGCUCAGACCCACAAGCUGACUGCUGUGGAGGCACAGGUCCUAAACCACACAUCUCGCGUGAAGACCCAAAUGCUGGAGAGCUCACUGUCCACCAACAAACUGGAGAGGCAGAUGCUGAUGCAGAGCCGCGAGCUGCAGCGGCUGCAGGGCCGCAACAGGGCCCUGGAGACCAGGCUGCAGGCAUUGGAGGCACAGCAUCAGGCCCAGCUUAACAGCCUCCAAGACAAGAGGGAACAACUGCAAAGCCUCCUGGGCCAUCAGACUGGGGCCCUGGCUAACCUGAAGCACAGCCUGCAAUCCCUCAGCAGCAAUUCCAGCUCCCUGCAACAGCAGCAGCAGCAGCUGAUGGAGCUGGUACAGCGCCUGGUGCGGAUUGUAGCCCAGGACCAGCACCCAGUUUCCUUAAAGACGCCUAAGCCGCUGUUCCGGGAUUGUGCAGAGAUCAAGCGCUCUGGAGCCAACACCAGUGGUGUCUAUACCAUCCAUGGGGCCAACAUGACAAAGCCUCUCAAGGUGUUCUGUGACAUGGAGACUGAUGGAGGUGGCUGGACCCUCAUCCAGCGCAGGGAGGACGGAAGCUUGAAUUUCCAGAGGACUUGGGAGGAAUACAAAGAGGGUUUUGGUAAUGUGGCUAGAGAGCACUGGCUGGGCAAUGAGGCUGUGCACAGCCUCACCAGCAGAAUGGCCUACUUGCUGCGUGUGGAGCUGCACGACUGGGAAGGCCACCAGACCUCCAUCCAGUAUGAGAACUUCCAGCUGGGCAGCGAGAGGCAGCGGUACAGCCUCUCUGUGAAUGACAGCAGCAUCUCAGCAAGGCUCAAGAACAGCCUGGCUCCUCAGGGCACCAAGUUCAGUACCAAAGACAUGGACAAUGAUAACUGCAUGUGCAAAUGUGCUCAGAUGCUGUCUGGAGGAUGGUGGUUUGACGCCUGUGGCCUCUCCAACCUCAAUGGCAUCUACUAUCCGGUUCAUCAACACUUGCAUAAGAUCAAUGGCAUCCGUUGGCACUACUUCCGAGGUCCCAGCUACUCACUGCAUGGCACACGCAUGAUGCUGCGGCCAAUGGGUGCCUGACACACAGCCCUACAGAGACUGAUGCUCAAGGAGGAUUCUCAACCCAGAUGGCUCUGUGCAAGCUGGAUCCUGCCCCGAAGUCAGUGCCCAGGGCUCAUCUUGACAUUCUGGGACACCAGAACCAGCUUAUCUUGCACCUGAAUUACAAGAGUCACCUGCCUCCCUGGGCCCCUCUAGUGUGAAAUGCUGGGUGCUUGAGGCACCUGCCUCUGUGGGACCCAUGUUCUUCCCCCUCCUGCUGCAUUGCAGGGACUCCCUGUCACAGUUUGAGGCAGACUGAACUUGACACCUCAGAGGAAGGGGUUGCAGGUGGCGGGGAAAAUCAUGCAGACUGGGGUGCCCUCCUCCAGGAGCGUCUGAGAGACGAACCUAUCCCCCUUCAUUAAUUCCAAGUUUCUCUAGCCUUGAGUCGUCCGAAGACUUCCUUCCAAGGCUGGUGAAUAUUGUUCCCACUUCCAGCCCCCCAGCGCUAGCCAUUAUUUCCCAGGGCUCCGUGGCUCCUGGGCUUCAAUGGUUGACAGUCAGACCUGGUCUCUCGGAGGCUUCUAGAAAUAGGAGAAGGGAUCCUUUCACUCCAGUGUGCCCUAGAGUGUGUUCCGUAGGUACUAAGGCUCCUCUCUAAGGUAUUUUAGAUGAAGUGAGAGAGAAACAGCAGGUUAAAUAAAGAGAAUAGAGUUUCUUAACUGCA